AUGGAAUCGAUCAAGCAUAAGAUGGACUGCCUCCUCAAGGAGAAGGACGAAGCCGUCAGCCGAGCUAACGAGUCUGAGACCAUCUGCGCCCAGUUCGAGUCUGAGCUCGCUCGAUUCGAAAAGGAAGUCGACAAGGUUCAGCGAGCCAUCGCCAAGACCGAGGAUCAGCUCGAUGAGACUAUUUCUACCCACAAGACCACCCAGGACAAGCUUGAAAUCAUCGACAAGGAAGUCGUCGAUGCCGAGUUGCAGGUCGGUGCUCUCAAGCGACGAAUCGCCCUCUUGGAGGAAGAAACCAGCCGAGCCACUACUCGACUCAACGAGAACUUGGAAAAGAUUGCCACCAUUGAAAAGGCUUUCAACGAAAACGAGGAAGGCAAGCGACUUGCUGAGCAGCAGUCCUUCCAGAACGAAGAAGCCGCUGAGCAGAUGGAAGCUCAGCUCGAGGAAGCUCGACAGAUUGCUACGAGCUCCAACCACAAGUACGAAGAGUCCGAGCGAAAGUUGAAGAUUGUCUCCAACGAUCUCGAGCGAAUCAUCGAGCGAGCUGAGGAAUUCGAGGGCAAGGGCCGAUCUACCGAAGACGAGCUUCGACAACUCCAGGAUAAGGUGCGAGACAUGGACCAGAUCGUCGCCGACAACUCCGUCAAGGAAGACGAGUACGAAACCAAGGUCAAGGAUCUCCAGGAAGAGUUCAAACUUGCCGAUACCCGAGCUGAAUUCGCCGAACGAUCCGUCGACAAGCUCGAAUCCACCAUCGAUGACUUGAUCAACUCUCUCUACCAGGAGAAGCUCAACUUCCGAGAGAUCUCUGAGAAGCUUGACAAGACCCUCAACGACAUGAUGUCCCUCCAGUAA